UUGACUUCCAUCUUCUGCAUCCGUGCUUUUGUGGAGUUGCUUUCUUGUUAUCAUUCGUUUUGGUUUACCUUGUAAGACAAGCUGUGUAGCUAUGUUCUACUAAUUAAUUAAGUAAGAUCAGAACUAACAUUUUUCCCUGUUAUUAGGUUGCAGAAAUUUUUUGUAACAUGAAUUCGGAAGAGAAGAUUGGUCUGGUUAAGCAAGUCUUCUCUUGGUCAAUUGAAGAUAUUCUCAAUAACGACAUCUUCAAAACACAUAUAAGGACGAUACCAGACACAUUUGGUUCCGUUGAUGAGUACCUUAAGUGCUUUGUUCCUCAUCUACUAGAGGAAACACGCACAGAGUUGUCCUCACGCUUGGGAUCUUUGUCAAAUCUCCCGACGGUCACAUAAGCUCUGCCGAGGCAACGAAAAUAGAAUUACCGAGUAAGACAUCAAACACUUUCCUUGUAUCACUGAUGAGAUUUAAUGCAGAAGGAAACAGAACAAAGUACGAGCCGAAAUGUGGUGAUCUCCUUGCUCUCACGAAUACAGCAGGGCCGAGACGCGUCUAUGACUUGAACCCUCUGGUUCUUGCAUAUGUAUUCUCUGUUGAAGAUGAACUAGGUUCCUGUUCAAAAGAAAAAGAUGAACUAGGUUUCUCUGUUCUUUUGUCUACAUCCAUAUCCAUCGAUGAUGGAUUUUCAUUCCGUUCCUGUCUUUAUCUAAUGAAUUUAACCACAAACACUCGUAUCUGGAACGCUUUGCACGGAUGUGGCAAUUUGAGUCUCAUCGAGAGUGUCCUUCAGGCUAAUACUGCGGAAACAGAGCACUCUGUUUCUUCUACGGAUUGGGGAAAAGAUGUUUUGGAUAUGAUACGUUCAGCGAACUUGAACUCUAGUCAGGAAUCUGCUAUUUCAAGUUGCCUCGAGACAAGGAAUCUACGUGACAAGACUUGUGUGAAACUAAUAUGGGGACCACCUGGUACUGGCAAAACAAAGACGGUUGCUACUCUUCUCUUUGCCCUGCUCAACCUAGGUUGCAAAACAGUUGUGUGUGCUCCUACAAACACUGCUGUGGUGGAAGUUGCAUCUAGGCUCAUGGUGUUAUUCAACGGAUCUUCUUCAUCUGAGCAUUCUACUUACGGUCUGGGGGAUAUUGUCUUAGCCGGGAACCGAGGCAGGAUGGGGAUAGACGGGAAGAAUGAAGAUCUCCUUGAUAAUGAAGAUCCCCUUGAUGUGUUUCUUGAUCAUCGCAUCAGUAAACUGAAGAAAAUUUUAUCGCCAUUGGAUGGAUGGAAAAAUAGUUUGGAGCUGCUCAUAGAGUUUCUUGAAGACCCAGAGUCUUAUUACAAGAACUAUCUCUUGGUAUGUGAAAGAGAGGAGCAGGAAAGAGGCAAAAAGAACAAAAGCAUUGUUUUAAACUUUGGAGAGUUUAUAAGGAAGAGUUUUGAUAAGCUAAGUGAAAAAUUGGAGACUAAUAUGGUGGAUUUGUACACACAUCUGCCGAAGUCUUUCAUAUCAUCUGACCACGUGAAGAAAAUGGUCGAAGGCUGCGAUGCUCUUCUUGGUGUCAAACAAUUCGUGGAGGAGAAUUCUUCUAAAGAUGAUUUUGAGAUUGGCAGCUUCAACAAAGUCAUCGGUCUUGAUUUCCUUCAGCCUCUACGUUUGCUUCCCAGCCGUUUUGGGGUUCAAGUCUCGUUGGAAGAUGAGGAUUUAAGGAAAUUUUGCCUGACAAAUGCACACAUCAUCUUCUGUACUGCCUCAGGUGCUGCGGAAAUGACCGCGGAAAGGACUGGACCCGUAGAGCUGCUAGUAGUUGAUGAGGCAGCUCAACUAAAGGAAUGUGAAUCAGCUGCUGCUUUGCAACUUCAAGGCCUUCACCAUGCUGUUCUAAUAGGAGAUGAGCUUCAACUACCAGCAAUGGUGCAAAGCGUGGUAUGUGAAAAGGCCAAAUUUGGGAGAAGCCUGUUUGAGAGAUUGGUUUUGCUUGGCCAUAACAAACAUUUGCUUGACGUUCAGUACCGUAUGCAUCCCUCUAUAAGUCUUUUCCCCAACAUAGAGUUUUAUGAUGGGAAGAUCUCUGAUGCUGCGAAUGUCAAAGAAAGCAACUAUCAAAAGAGGUUUCUUGAAGGAAGCAUGUUUGAUUCUUUCUCGUUUAUCAACGUGGGACUUGGGAAAGAGGAGUUUGGUGAUGGACAUAGUCCCAAGAACAUAGUUGAAGUUGCUGUUAUUUCUGAUAUCCUAUCCAAACUUUUCAAAGUGUCAUGUGAGACAAAGACAAAGAUGAGCGUUGGGGUUAUUUCACCUUAUAAAGGUCAAGUGAGAGCAAUCCAAGAGAGAGAUGGAGAUAAGUACACUUCUCUAUUAGGUGAUGAGCUUUUCACUUUGAAUGUUCGGUCGGUUGAUGGGUUUCAAGGUGGAGAAGAAGAUGUCAUUAUUAUAUCCACCGUCAGAAGUAAUGGUAACGGAAAAGUAGGGUUUCUCAGUAACCGUCAAAGAGCCAACGUAGCACUCACUCGUGCAAGGCACUGUUUAUGGGUGAUUGGGAAUGAGACAACUCUGGCGUUGAGUGAUUCGAUUUGGACAAAGCUGAUAAGGGACUCGAAGAGGCGUGGAUGUUUCUAUGAUGCUGUUAAUGACAAGAACCUAAGAGAAGUCAUGAAUGAUGCUCUGCUUGAGGUCGACAUGUCUGAUGUGUUUUCGAGUUUUCAAUCUCUUUCUAUCCGGAAAGGUAGAAGAAACGCAUGGUAAUUGUUUAACUCAUUUCACAGAUCUAUGUGUUUUUAUUUUUCCCUCAAUAAAACUUUAUGUGCUUUGUCAAAAAGUAAACUUAAUUAUGUGAUUGUGAACUUGGUUAUCUAUGUGGUUAUUAUUACAUCUAUUUUUUAAAUGGUGCUAUUUUUUUGACAAAUGAUCUCAUUUUUUUUGUCAAUUUUUGCUUUGAUUAGCAAAUUAUCCCUAAAUUUAUCUACCACUGAAGUUGUCAUUUAAGUUUUAGACUCUUUCAAAUUUGUUAGUAUUCUACUUAAUUUAUGGAUCAU